UUGCUAUGGCCGAAAUGUAACAACUGGCUGGUUAGCUACAGAAGCAGGGGAACAAACUUUGUUGCUGUGCGAAAGUGAAGGAAAGGGGGAUGGCCGAGACGGCAGAGACCAAGAAAGAAGAGGCAGACUACAAGCGAGUCCACAGCUUCCCGUUGAUCAGGCAUACGGACAUGCCCGAGGAGAUGAGGGUGGAGACUAUGGAGCUGUGUGUCACUGCCUGCGAGAAGUUUUCCACAAACAAUGAGAGCGCGGCGAAAAUGAUCAAAGAGUCCAUGGAUAAGAAGUUCGGGAGCUCGUGGCACGUGGUGAUCGGGGAGGGCUUCGGCUUCGAGAUCACACACGAAGUGAAGAACCUGCUCUACAUGUUCUUCGGCGGCAGCCUGGCGGUGUGUGUGUGGAAGUGUUCGUAGCAGAGUCUCCCCACCACCCUUUGAACAUUUCUCCCUUGCCUCUUUACUGCUCCAGCUUGCUCUAACCCGCAGAUUUGUUGGGAGAGCGAGUGUUCACGAGUACGCAUAUGGGCGCAAGAUUUCUUAAAUCCCACAGCGUUGGGCUCACCUCUCCGUUUCUCGUCAGCUCCAUGUUAAACUCUUGGCUUGCACCAGUUGCAGUUGACCUCCUUAGUUGCUGUACAUGCAUUUAGAGGAUGUGCUUGUCCUAUAACAUUUUAAAAUGCAUAUCACGCUUCCUUCCUUUCUGUGAGGUAAAUAGUGGAAUUUCUCUGUGGACUGCCUGGCCAUUGGGAAAUAUGCCCAUCCUUUUUUCUCCCUCCUAUGUCACCCCUUUUUCCACAGUCAUCCUUUGCGCUGUCUGUUUCGUCCUCAAAUUCUGUCCCUUUACCUUUUUAAUAGUCUUUUUCUGAACUGGUAUUUGUAUUUUAACUGUUUGUUUUGUAAAUACACCGAUGCAAUUGUAAAGACUAAAUCUUUUGUAAAGCAAUGUGUCCUGAAAAUUGAAGUUAUUGUUACUAUUGCCAUCAUGAUUUCUAUUAUUGUCUGAUAAAAGGGCUCAAGCAUUCUUUAAAACUUGAAAGAAUGGUACUGCACUGUUGGCCAAA